AUGCAGUUGAAGGGAGAGGAGAUGGAGGGCCGCUGGCGCCCUGUGGCGCGUCUUCUCGCUCUUCUGCUGGCCUGUCUCCUGCUGGCGUCUGUCGCGUUUCUUCCGCGCGUCGUACGAGCGCCGCACCGAGAAGGUCAAGGCGCUUCCUCGUCCCUUCGUUCCUCUUCUCCCUCGUUGUCUUGUAUUUCGCUGUUUCCGUCAGCCCCGUCUUUCGCGCUAGCGUCUUCUGCCUCUUCUUCGGCGGCCUCGUGGCCAGCGCCGCUACCUUCUCUGUCGUUCGCCAGAGGCGAUCCUGGUGCUGGUUUGGGUGGGGGAAGGGCUGAGCGAGCCGCGUCCUCGUCGCUGUUUUCAGCCUUUCCGGUGUGGUCUGGAAGGUCUCCUUCUGCCUCAGCUUCUGCGGACCUUUCCGCUUCAGCGUCUGUCGAGGGCAAUGGAGGCGAGGCGGGGGAGGCGGAGAAGGGACAACUCGCCGAGUCGCCCUCGUGGCUUUCCUCUUUCGCGUUUCUUGGGUUUGAACGCGCGUCUCCUUCCUUGUCGUCUUUCAGCUUCAGCUCGCGGCUGGGUGCGUCUGCGUCUCUGCUCCCGUGUCUCCCCGUCUCUCCCUUUUCAUGGCUGACUUGUGCGCUCGCGCCCCCCUGCUGGUGGUCAGGCGCUUUGCGGGUCGUCGGUUGCAGUCUCCACUCCCUCCUCGAGGUCUGCCUUGCCCUCGCGCUUGUCGCCGCACAGGCGUUCUUCUUCCUCUGCACCUCGCUUGGGCGCGGGCUUCUCUCGGCUCUCCUCUGGAUGCUCGCCGUCCCUUUCUCGUUGUCCAUCAACGGCGUGGCGACUGGCGCUGCCCUCCUGGGGACGGCCGCAUGGUGCUAUCUCGACCUGACGAACUUGUCGCGAGUGAAUCUCUACUUCUGUGGACCAUUCAUGACGUCCACGCUUCAGCAGUGCGAGUUCGUUCGUCGCUCGUACCGCCCACCGUUCUACGUCUUCGCCACCGCGCUGCAGCACUUCUUUCUUUUCCUCAGUCUUCAGCCGCGGCAAGCCCCCUCGCGUUCAUCUUCUCACAGCGCACUAUCCGACGGCGCUCAGGCGCUCUACUGCGGCGCGCUGCAUGCUCUCCGCUCGCUUCCGCAUCGCCUCGCGUCCUGGCUAGGCGCAUGCCUUCGCGGCGUCCUUUCGUCUCUCCGUCGCCGAUUGAGCACGGCUCCCCACACAGAUGGGUCGCGGAAGACGCCUGCGUCGCCCGCGUCGCCCGCGUUUGGCAGUGCGCUACCCGCCUCGUUCGCCUCACUGUCGGCUGCCGUUUUGUCGCGCUCGCCUCUGUUUCGCGCGCCCGCAGGCGCGUGGCUUUCCGCGCUCGUCGCGGCGCUCGCCUCGCUGUGCAACAGUCUCACCCUUUUUGCGAAUCUGCCGCAGCGGCCUGCCCUCGCCGCCCACCGGCAGCUGCUGCAGCACCCGGUUACCGGCGCAAUUUCGGCUGUCGACUGGAUCUUCUUGCCGACGUUCGCCAUGGCCGCCUUUUCUCUGCAGAAACACAAACAAGAAACCCGCGAGCGUGCGCAGCGCCUGCGGACUGUGGCGCGCCCGGCGGGCGAGGCAGCGGCCGCUGGGAGAGGCGCGAGCGACCGCCAAGGGCGAGGAGAGUGCGCCUCAGGCCGGAGCGAGCCUGAAGCAAGGCCAGCGGCGCGAGCCGAGCGAAGACGGCGCACGGGCAGACGCGCGGAAGCCCCACGACGGGUGGAAAGGUGCGCGGCGCCAAGUGACGACGAGCGGCGCGACGGCGGAAAAGAGGCGCUGAACGAAGGGCGAAACGCCGUGCUGCGAGCUGAAGAGGCGCGGGUUUGGCGAAGCACUGACGCAGGACGCGACGACCGUCGCCAGGGCUCGCAGCGAAGGAGGGAGCUGCGAGGAGACGACGACAACGGCAGGCCUCCAUGCGACCCUCGUAAAGGGAUUCGGCGUGAAGGCUCGGCGUCUGAAGCAGGGCGUUGGAACCCGAGGGAAGACGCUGCAGAAAAAGACGAUGAAGGCGAGCGGCGCUUUCCACGAGAUCGACGCGGGGGAAAGGCAGAUGACAUCCCCCCUCACAGCCCGUAUCUCCACUUCCGCGGCUUGAUUUUCAUCGUCGGCGACGAGUUCAUGACAGGCUUAGGCGGAGCAAAAACUGCGUUUCUUCCGAUCUCAACAUCGUCGUCCGAUGGCGAGGUCCUGGCGGGCGGCGACGCAGAGCUGCCGUCGGCCUGCUCCAUCCAAACCGCCUCGAUCGCCGACGCGGCGGCGCGGGCCGGAUUCAUUUGUUGCGUGCUGAGACUCAGCGCGCACCGCGCCGCCACGGGGGGGUCGCUGCAGGCCUAUCUGAGGCAGCGCUCAAAGGGCCGCGAGACGGAGCAAGCACGUGCGCAGCGCCUGCGGAGAGAUGGGGCGGCUGCCGAGGCUGGGCGAGCGGUGAAUGCAGGGGAUGGCGCGCCUGGGCUGCGGGACGAAAGCCAAAGCGAAGACGAAGAGAGGGAGUUGCUGCCGCCGCUAUCGAUGAGCGGCAGCGGCGGCCUCGCCGAAGAUCCCAGCGAGGAGCUGCGACUCGUCAUGUCUUACGUCCACUCACUCUGUCCUCAUCUGCCUAUGGCGGCGAUAGGCCUCUCUCACGGCGGCAACACUCUCCUGCGCCUCCUGUCUCCUCUGUCUCCUUCCGACCGUCUCUUCGCCCGUGCUGCGCAGCCCUCGCCGUCAGCCGCGUGCGCCCUCUCGUCUCCUCCGUUCGCGCCUCAUGCUUCGCCAUUUGAUCUGAAGGCCGCCUCUUCUGCCUCCACUGCCUCUACGCCUUCGUCUGCGCGUCACGCGUUGCCGGAUAGGGCUCCAGUGGCCGCGGUCGCGCCUCCGGGGGUCGCGCUCCAGCCGACAGUUCUGCCCCCCGCGUGCUGCGGCUGUUGUCGCGGCUUCGGGCCCUUUCCGUGUGCGACGACGGCUCUGGCCUACGAGCAGCGGCGGGCGGAGAGGAGACACGCUCGGCUGCAAAGCGGGGGGGCGGCAGAAAGAGAAAACCACACAGAAAGCGGCAGACACAACGCGGCGCGUCGAGGAGCGGAGAGAGCGCUCGCCGAGAACGCAGGCGACUCUCUGGCGGCGAGAGAAAAAGAAGAGGGGAGGCACGGAGACGCGCGCGUCGCAGCUGCGGAUGCCGCAUGCAAAGGGACAGCACACGUCAACGAACUGGCUUAUGAAAGGAACCCUUUGCGAACCGAGCAGGAGCUUGAGGGGAACUCCUCGAGAGAGAGGCGAGAGUGUGCAUGGGGGGACGAACGUCACGGCCAAUUUUCCGCGGAGGGAGGGAACGAUGUAAGCGACAGAGCGCCACGAAGGUUUCAGGCACUCGCGUCUCCUCGCGGCGCUGAUGGCGGCCCUUCCCCCCGCGACGCCGAGGUCAACGCAGAGGCGGAAGGCCGCGCGAGAUCCGCAGAAGAGCAGGAAAGAACAGCGAGAUGCGGAGAAGCGGCCACAGAGGGGAGACGCUCAGCGGAGUUGGGCGUCGCAUACCAAAGCGGCAGUGGACGCGGAAUGGCUCCUCUUACACCACCACGCCGGACGGAAGAUGCAGCAAUUGGCAGCGCCACUGCCUCGCACGCGCGUGGAGGACAAGAAGAAGAAGGCGAAGCGCUUCCCCCGCAGCGCACCCACGGAAAACCAGGCGCAACUGACUGCCAGACGCCAGCAGAGGAGGUUCAGACGGGGGGAGCCGUUGAGGGCGACAGCGGAGAAGGCGGCGUGGAUCGUUCAGUCUGCUCGGGAGGCCUUGCUGUGGAUGGAAGUCCCGUGCGCGCGGCUUCAGGAGAGGCUGGGGCUCCGCUGGCGGCCAGCAGCGAGGGCGGGGUGGCCUGUACGGAAGAAGAUGAGGCAGCAGCGUCUCGGCGGAAAAGGCGCAGUGAUCGGCGGGCACAACUGGCUUCGUCAUCCUACUUGCGGACGAAACUGCCAGGGGGGCUUCCAUUCCCUCACGUCUUCCCGUCCAGCGCCGUCAGCGCGUCCUUCGGCCCCGCGCGAGGGCCCUCGCCUUCUCGCAGCUUCAGCUUGUUCUCUCAAGGCACCGAGUCCUCUGACUCGAGACACCUCAAAGGGCAAACGGAGGCCACGGCGGGCGCCUCCGCCGUGGUUGGUCAGCAGAAGUCUCUUUCAUCUUCUUCGCUGGCGUCGUCGCUACAAGUCGCCUCCACAGGUGCUGCCGCGCUGAGCUAUUUGGGCGGGCUGUGGAGUCGCGCCUCGGCCGCCCGCAAGCGGAAGAGGCCUUUCACGGCGUCUGCUGGCGACGCCGCGCUCUCGUCUGCUUCGCGGGAUGCAUCCGAGGCACCAGACACACGCCCCGAGCAGUUCGCAGCCCCGGCUUUCGCCUCAGCAGCUUCGUCUGUGUUGCCGUUGUUGCCCUUUGGUUCAGGCCCGUCCUCGGGCGCGCUCCCUGCCGGCCUCCCGCAGGCGCCGAGCGCGCCCGCGGAGGCGCAUGCGCUGUCGGCACAGAGUGUCUCUGUUCAGCCGCACGUGGGCCUUCAGGGCGGCCCCGGCCGAGACGCAGCUGGCCUUCAGGGGCUUCACUCUUGGGCUCUGCAGCCUGAUCCAGGAGUCUCUAUCGCGUCGAUUCUGAGCGCAGUCGUCUGCGUAGGGCCUCUCCUGGACAUGCAUCAGAGCAGCGAGCGGCGCAACGCGUCGUUCGCCGGCCUCUUUGACAGGCUAUGCCUCGAGGCGUUGGCUACCGACGGCCUCGUGUCGUGGCUGCACGGUCUCGCUAGCUGCCUAGCGGCUGCGUUCGCCAGCCCAGCAGGCGCGAAAGAACAAAAGCGAACAACAGCUUCGAGGGUCAACAGGCAGGAAGGUGAGGACGCGUCUCCCCGGAACUUUCGAGGUUGUUAUGGCUCCGAGAGUGGAGAGGAAGCGGGACAUAGCGGCACACCCCCUCCGGUGGCGCAGUCUGCCAACUCCCCGACGCGCAGACUGAUGUCCCUUCCGCCUUCGUUCCCCUCGCAUUUCUGCUGCCCUUGUGCCUUGCAGCGAUGGCUCGCUGCGUACGCGGAGGCCCUGUUUUUCGAAGGGGCGCCGCACCCCCCUUCUUGGGAGGCGCCUGACCAUCGAGGGCCUGGAGCCUUGGGCUCCUCAGCAGACGGCGACGCUGUUUAUGAUGCGGCCGCAUGGCCUUGCAGGGUGAAGAAACGGCAGCCCCUCCUCGCGUGCCGAAGCAGUUACGAGGUGGAUUGCUGGCUGGCUCAAAACGCUCUCCGCCUGGAAAAGGUGCAGCUACUCUCGCCGUGCGACCGCGGCCCCGCGGACGCGGCCGCUCCGCGCCGUCCGGUGCCCCCUGCGCCGGUCUCCGGCGCACAGGCGCGCGGCGGCUGGGUCGUCCCCUCUCGAGGCGCGAUUGAGCCUGCAGGCUCUUCUACCUGCGGGAGGGAGAGCCUCCCGAGCCGCUCAGCCUGCGCGAGCCCGGCGCAUGCGGAGUGCGCCAGUCGGUUGGGAAGAGACGAAGAUGCCAGAGAGAGCGAGAGCGGGAGCGAGUCGCACUCCUGUUCAGUUUCGGCGGUCAGUGAGGAGGAGACGCACGUCGAGCACUCGAGACCGUGGUGGAAAGGCGAGGACGCUCCGCACACGCGUCCGGCGGUCUACUGGAGGUUGACGCCGAGAUAUCCAGGAGGUGUCUCCGAGUUCUACGACGACUUCUCGGCCGCCGCUGCGAGGCUCGACAAACUUCCCGUUCCCGCGCUCAUUUUCAUGGCGAUGGAUGACCCUAUUAGCGACUUCAAAGCCGUGGAUCUGUUCGCCUGCUGCCGGAACGCAAACGUCGCCUUCGCGGUCACCCAGACCGGCUCUCACUGCACUCAUCUCGCAGGGUCAAAGCCGCGGGUUUUCUUCGCGCGGGCAGCCGUUGAGUUCCUCACGAAGGCGCUGACGAGUUGUACCUGGCCGCUGCCGCGGGGGUCGCCGACGGCGAAAAGCGACGGCAGGGGAAAAGGCCUCGUUCCGCGCACGCCCAGGGGUGGUGCAGGCCUCGGCGGAGAGGACACGUCGCCGCAGCGCUGCAAGUGGUGA